CUAGCGAGUGAUAGCGGCGCUCCUUGGGUGCUGUGGCUCACGCUUUGGUACUACAGGCCGAGACUCUUCUGGCGACGACGACCUCUGCGGCGACGGCUCAGGUUCUCGGAGGAGUAGCAGAGUACGGUCUGGAGGAGGGGCUUCUGGUUCUAUCAUAAUGAAUGGAUCCAGUGUGGCGAAUACUUCACCCAACAUAAAAUCCAAAGAGGACCAGGGGUUAAAUGGGCAUGAUGAGAAGGAAAACCCAUUUGCAGAGUACAUGUGGAUGGAGAAUGAAGAGGAUUUCAACAGACAGGUGGAAGAGGAGCUGCAGGAGCAAGAAUUCUUGGACCGCUGCUUCCAGGAGAUGCUGGAUGAGGAAGACCAGGACUGGUUUAUUCCAUCGCGAGACCUGCCUCAGGCCAUGGGACAGUUGCAACAACAGUUAAAUGGACUGUCAGUCAGUGAUGGUCAUGAUUCUGAAGAUAUUUUGAGCAAAAGUAACCUGAACCCGGAUGCCAAGGAAUUUAUUCCAGGAGUGAAGUACUGAGCUGACAGAAAGCUUUGAGGAGAACUUGUACGUCCCCACAUCUGGGGGCAGCGCUGCACAAAAAGGCGGAGCUGAAGAGGGGGGCGGGACGGGCAAGGGGUGCACAGCGGGGAAAGGGGACAGUGGUUUAACUCGACACUGUGAUUGGAGUAACUAAUGUGCUCAGUCUUUCUCUACAAGCCUCUGAGUAUUUCUCUUUUGUUCUACUGACUUUCAUUUGGAGCAAUUUCCUAUUAUUAUUAGCUUUUUGAUUUAGGGAAAUUGCAAUUCCCCCCACCCCCCUCCCCCGCCCCCCC